UUCUUGGUCAGUUUUCAGGCUUGAAACAGGUCUUUCUGGGAAUAAUGGAUAAGUUUCGGAUGAUGUUCCAGUUCUUGCAGGCCAAUCAGGAGUCGUUUAUGAACGGUAUCUGUGGUAUAAUGGCCCUGGCCAGCGCUCAGCUUUACUCCUCUUUCGAGUUCACCUGUCCGUGUCUCCCGGAGUACAACCUCGCCUACGGCCUGGGGAUCCUGCUCAUUCCGGCUGUGUGGUUCUUCAUCCUGGGCUUUGUGCUCAAUAACAACAUUUCGAUGGUGACGGAGGAGUGGAGGAGGCCCGCAGGAGCGCGCAGGAAGGAGCCGCGCGUGCUGCGCUACAUGCUGUGCUCGAUGACGCAGCGCGCGCUCAUCGCGCCCUCCGUGUGGAUCGCCGUGAGUCUGAUGCACGGGGAGAGUCUGCUGUGCGCGUGCAGCGCCGCCGCUGACCUGCGCCGCUUCUUCAACCGGAGCCGCGCCGCGCCGCCCGAGCGAGAGCUCGCGAGAUUACUGGCGCGAAUUCCCUGCGAGAACGUGUUCGACGGGCACGAGCUCAUCUCCCGCGAGGCGGCGAGCAGGUACAUCCGGUGCAUGUCACAGGCCUGUGGAUGGACAUUUUUGCUGAUUGUCACUUUGGUGGCCUUUAUGGUAAGAGGGAUCAGACCAUGUUUUACACAAGCAGUCUUCUUGAAAAGCAAGUACUGGUCCCAUUAUAUUGAUACAGAGCGCAGGCUCUUUGAUGAGACGUGCAGAGAACACGCCAAGAGCUUUGCCAAGGUCUGUAUACAGCAGUAUUUUGAAAGCAUUAGUGGUGAAAUGGUGGUGAAACAUAAUGAUGAAGAAACACACACAAAUGAAGAAGAGAAGCUCCUAGGCAUCCGUGAAAAGGAGGACAUGAACAGAGUUCUGUGGAACUGGCAUACCUGUAAACCCCCGCUACACCUUCACAAACGAGGAAAAGAAGAAAGCAUGAGUGAACACUCAAGCAUUCAUGCUCACAGUAAUGACUGUCAUAGUCACAAAUCGAUAAAGAAUGGAUAUAAAAUCUGA